AUGGAUUAUGAUAAUGAUGGUAAACGGGUAUUAUUGGUUUCAAGUGAAGAUUUUGAUAUUUAUAAUACAAAUGAUGGUCCCUUAACAGCUGAAACAUCUACAUAUAUCAAUAAUGUAAAGAAUAAUAAAGGAGUUAAUUUUAAAGGAACAUUAUUAGAUUUUAUAAUGGAAGAAGGUGGACUUAGUAGAAUUGGUUCUACAACUAGUAUUGAUAUUCUUUCUACACAAAAAAAUAAAAGAAAAGCAAUGAAUCAUGAUGAAUUUGAUAAAAAAUAUGGUUAUCAUCCUGGUCCAAAGACAACAUUUAUUGAGACAGUUAUUAAACCAUAUUAUCGCCCAUUUAAAUCAUCUAAAACAUUUUUUAAUACAUUAAUUGGAUUUGUUCCAAUUUGUUCAAUACUUCAAAAUUAUAAUUUUAAAAAAAAUAUUAUGAAUGAUAUUAUUGGUGGAAUAACAGUUGGUGUUAUGCAUGUACCACAAGGAAUUGCAUAUGCUACAUUAGCUGGAGUUCCAACUGUUUAUGGACUUUAUACAUCAUUACUUCCUCCAUUUAUUUAUAUGAUAUUUGGAACAUCACAACAUAAUAGUAUUGGAUCAUUUGCUGUAGUUGCUUUAAUGGCUGGUUCAGUUGUUGAUAUUUAUACAUCAGAUGAUUUAUCACCAAUAAAAAUAGCAACAACAUUAACUUUUACAAUUGGAUUAGUUCAACUUAUAAUGGGAAUUUUUAGACUUCAAUUUAUUGCAACAUAUUUUUCUGAUCAAGUAAUUUCAGGAUAUACAACAGCAGCAUCAUUUUAUGUUCUUAUAUCACAAAUUAAAGAUAUUCUUGGAUUACGUAAAAUGCCAAGAAGAGGUGGUAUUGGUGGAUUUUUAUUACAAUGUAGUGAUAUAUUUUCUAAAAAUAAAGAAACACAUUUACCAACAUUUUAUAUAUCAAUUAUAUCAAUGAUAUUUUUAAUUAUUGGUAAAGAUAUAAUAUCACCAAUAUUUAAAAAAAAUGUAACAAAAAUUCCAAUACCAUUUGAAUUAAUUUUAAUGAUUAUUUCAACAACAUUAUCAAAUAUUUUUCAAUUUCGUGAAAAAUAUAAUAUUAAAGUUGUUUCUGAUAUACCAAUUGGAAUGCCAUAUUUUGAAAUGCCAUGUUUUUCAUUAAUUCCAUCAAUUAUACCACAAGCAAUUGGAAUUGCUGUUGUUAUUGUUGCUGUUCAUAUAUCAUUAGCAAAAAUGUUUGCAAAAAAACUUUAUUAUAAAGUUGAUCCUGGUCAAGAAUUGUAUGCUCUUGGUUUUUCAUCAAUAUUUUCAAGUUUUUUUAAUGUUUAUCCAUGUUCUUGUUCUUUAGGUAGAACAGUUGUAAAUGUUGAAGCAGGAACAAAAACAAAUCUUUCUGCUAUUCCUUCUGCUGUUUUAGUUGGUUCUGUUGUUCUUUAUUUAGGAGUUAUUAUUAUUGUUGCUUUAAAAGGAUUAUUAAGAAAAUUUAAUGAAUUAAAAAUUUUAUAUCCACUUAGUAAAAUAGAUUUUUGUAUAUGGAUUGUAUCAUUUUUAGCAACAAUAUUAACUGAUGUAAUGAUUGGAUUAGCUAUAUCAAUAAUUUUUGCUUUGAUGACAACAGUUUUUAGAACACAAUAUCCAUCAUAUCAUAUUUUAGCUAAUUGUGAAGAUUCAUAUGAAUAUAGAGAUGCUCAAAGAUAUAGUAAUGCACGUUUUUAUAAUGGUAUAUGUGUUUAUCGUUUUGAUUCACCACUUUUAUUUACAAAUAUUGAUAGAUUUAAGACAACAAUUCAAAAAACAAUAGAAGAAUGGGAGGAUUCACAUCAUGAUACAUUAACAACAGAAGAUCUUGUUAUUAAAAUAAGUAAUAAAACAGUUGAAAAAAAAAUAUGUAAUGCUCUUGAAAAUCCAAAAAAAAUAACAACAGAAACAAGUGUACCAUUACGUCAUUUUAUUAUUGAUUGUUCAGGAUUUACAUUUGUAGAUUAUAUGGGUGUUAAUGCUAUUAAAGAGGUUCAUACAGAAUUAAAUCAACUAAAUAUUUUAACAUAUUUUGCUGCAACAAAAGCUUCUGUCCGUGAAUUAUUUGAAAAUUCAGGAUUUUAUAAAUUUGUUGGAAAAGAAAAUUUUUAUCCAACAGUUUAUGAUGCUGUUGAGAUAGCUCGUCAACGUCAAAAUGAUGCAACAUUAUGUAUAUUAAGUAAACUUGAAGUUGAUAAUGAUUUUUGGGAAGGAUAUCUUAAUGUACCUUCAAUAUAUUAA